AUGUCGGGUCCAGCGUACACUCCGUUGCCCCAAACAGAAUAUGUCCAUGAUUCAACGCUCACAGGAGACAUCCAACCCAACAAAGAUGUAUCCUUCUUUCUGCUUGAUGAUCGAAUUUUAGGCGCCAGCUAGUCAACCUCAGCGGGUCUCCAUAUUCCAUUUAGAUUUUUAUAAAUCUUACUUCGAUGUAGACACUAAUCAAGUGAGUUUAUCCUUAUCCCUUGAUUUUUCGCGUUCGUUUAUACGACCCCUUAAAAUAAUUGGGUUAGUUACUUACUAUUGUCCGUUUUCGCCCUUCUCUGUGGGGAAAACAGCUGUCGUUUAAAUAGCUCCCUUGAAUGCUUUUUCUGAAAACCCACAGCUUCUACUUGUGACGAGUCAUUGUUCUUUUGUUAAUUCGGCCUACAAGCUACAGUCUUUGAGUUUGAUCGUCAUUUACUUCAGUUUCCUCGCCUCAUCUGUUCGCCUACGCGUAGACAGCACUCCAGGUCACCUACCCGUGUUCUACGGGCUGCGCUUCUGUGCCAACCCAAUAAAAAAGACAAAUAAGUGGCGGGCAUGUGCCGAAAAGGAGUUUGACGCCACACUAGUCACUUAGUCUGCUUUCACCUUCAAUGGGCUUCGCCGGCACUUUGAUACACGACGUAAAGGGAAAGAGAACGUUAGACUUACCCUGGCCUCAAUUUAUCGCUCUAAACCAGCUUUUACACACUAUCAUUGUAAUAUAAUUCCGGCGCUUUUUCAUACAAUUUUUACGGGGUGAAUUCGUGACUUUGAAGGCGGCGGUUGCCGAGUUGACUUGGUCCUCUCGGCUAACGUGUACAUUGAAGUGACUCCCGAGCAUGGCCUUUAUGUGAUCAUCUACCCAUAUGAGCUCCGCACCUUUAACGUUUAGUUUCUGUAUAUGUGGGGACUAGCACAUGUGCCGCACUGGUUCGGCAACUCAUCCAACCCGCCCGAGAGCUCAUAUUCGGAUAUAGAGAAAUCAACAAAAGUAUUAUUUGAAUCCUGUCAUGUAGAAUCAUUGAGCACUAUUACAGGUCGGACUGUGUACGCAGACGAGAGGCCGAUCUUCCUGUUAACCGUUUUCAUUUCAUAGUAGCAAGCUCCAUCCACAUAUAGUUAUUCUUUUCUAGUUCCAAAAUCCAAAAUAAUAGACGAGCUCUUUUUGGGUAGUUAUCUUAAACUGUAGUAAUACCCGAUCUAGCCGGCCGCGAUGAUGUCGCAAAUUGUCCCCGUCAAGGCGUCAAAGGAUUCAGAGAGCUCGACCUAUGCUCUUCUCCAACGACAAACACCGAAAACCGAAGGUUCAGAAACUGCAUUCACAUUUUGACGAAUGUGACAAGCCUGGUUUUGAAUUGGUCUCGUCGACUCCUCCAGCCGGGCAACGUCGCCGGAUUAAGGGCAGCAAAACCGAGCUCCUGAUACGGACGACGAAGAGUGUGCCGAACUACCAUCCGUUUUUUUCGAAUGGCCUCAUAUGUUCUAGCACUGGCCGCUGCGAGUGCGGACUGUCUCAUUUCAGGCGAAGCCUCGAUACUUCAUUGGUAGGAUAGUCCUCCAGUAGCAGUCACUAAACACAUCUAGUUUUUGCCCACGCACACCACUCAGCAUGCACAGCCGUACUGGAGAACCGACCGGACGAAUGUACGGUAUACCCGGAUUUUCGCGUCGAUGUCGCGUCGGGUCGAUAGUCGCAUCCUGGACAUUAAAAAAAUCCCACGAGCAUCAUCGAUUUGGGAACCAACGUCAUCCUUACUCUGCUCAUUCGGCGACAACCUCUCCCGGGUCAUUUGAAACUGUCUUAUUCAAGUUUACAACUAUAACUCGAACGGUUAGGAGAGAUAGUUAAGAACCGUGACCUGCGCAGCCACAGAGCCGUAGUAGGCCUUGAUGCUGCCGAUGGUUUUGUCCAGCACACCGUAUAGUUCCGCAGGGACCCACGAUGGACGGGAUCGAACGCUGCUGCGAAGUUAACAUGGCAGACAGGUGCCGGUUUCAGGUAGCCUUUGCGAAAUUAAAAAUGCGUCGCGGUGUAAAUAUAUUGCCCGCGGAUCAAAGUCCGACUUGGUUGGGUUUCGUUCCCAAGUCACACUCAGCCGAAAUCGCUGGAUACUGACAACAGCGAAGGCCAUCGUAACGUCGAUGAGGCUUUUACCGCGAUAGUUCUUUCACAUUCCUUUAUCCCCUUUCUUGAAGACUGGCCCGAGGAUUUGUUAUCGAAGUUGAGGUGCUCCAGAUGCCCACGUCAGCGCUUCACUUUCAUCGGUUUGUCGGCCACCAUUUACAUCGCGAAUAUUGACUUAUGGCAGAAGGCCUUCCGUUAGCUUAGCCGAUAAUUUGGUCGCAUUUUCGCGUCUUCCCAAGGAUUGAGGCUGCCAAAUAUUUCUUGCAGUCAUUAAGGACCGCGUUUGCUGUCAUUUUUCGUGGUUAACGGGAAAUCGUUUAGGGACCUGGUUCGUGCUGUCUGAGCAGACAACUGCGAAGUACCUCCACUGGUCCAGUCGUCGCGUCGCCUCUGGGUUAGUCUAAGAAUUCUCUUAGCUGUCUCGAGCUGAGGAUCACUAGCUGCUACCUUCUCCUUCAUCUUUGGUCGCAAAACGUUACUGGAUGUCUGUGCCCAGAGCGUCAGCAGUGGUGGGUCGUCGUAAUUUAACGGUAUCAAGUUAUCUUGUAUGUGACGGCUCUGAUGCGCAUGAGCGGUGGACUUUUUGCGUGGACCGACGAGAACAGGGCAUGAUCCAUGAACGUUUCCAAUUUUAGCACGCAACCUUGAUCCGCCAUCGGUGACUCCACUGCGGGACCUUGAACCGGACAGAAUAUAAUCGAUCUGACUGGCCGUCUUGCCGUCACUUGAAUACUAGGUUAGCAGAUGUUUGCGGCUUUGCUGAAAGCACGUGUUGGUUACAAAUAUCCGGUUUUGAUUGACAAAGUUUGACAUUUUCUCACCAUUGUCGCGUCGAGAUCCAAGCCCAAAGCGACCGAUAACGUGACUGUUUGAAGAAUCACCAGGUCCAGUCCGGGCACUCCAGUCUCCGCCAACAAUCAACAUAUCACGGCAAAGGAGCCCUUAUAGUAACUUCUCCAACCGACAGUAGAAACUGUCUAUCUCGCUCAUCGUCAGCUGAUGUUAGUGCAUAUAUGGGCAUAACAGAAAUGUUUGUAACAUGACUCUUCAGUCGCACGCAAGCCACUCAUUGACCGAUUCUCACGUAACUAGUGUAUGGUUCACUUGUUGCGAAAGGGCGACCGCCAUACCGUGCCUAAAGAAAGAGUCGCGUGGGCUGUUGUGGUGUAGUGUGAAGCGGGAAUUAACCCCGGAGAUCUCAAAUUCUUGGGCGUCAUGGUCGGGGAUUCAGACAUCAGACAGGCGGCAGACAUCCACGUUUUUUACUCACAAUGACUGCGUUCCAGCAGAUCUUGGUCACUAGAAUCAAAGAACGUUCGAACAUUCGAGCAUCCGGUACUGAGUGUGCUCCUUAAUUGGGUACUUGAGCUCGCAUACUAUUGGCCUGCACCACUGUUCCUUGGGUCGGGGAACGCGUUGGUUCCGGUGGGCGCCAUAGCAUGGAUCUUAAUUCUUGAUUUGCAUAUUUCAGCGGAUUUCUAGGGGAUUUUCAGUACAAGCAGAUCUCCAAAAGCCGCUUUGGUUGUUUGGUCGAGGUUGCCUUCUCAAGAGUUCUGACACAAGAACCUGACUGCAACGCAAGUAAGCAGGUUAACUUUUUUAGCGGCGGACCAAUGUCGCCAUAUCGCAGUGUCCCCAUCAGGCGUUGCACACUUUAUUAGCCUGUCGACGUGCCAUCCCUCAGCUCACCCAGCGCCCAGGCAGCGUUGUCACCGUUGGCUCGCGAGACCAUGUGUAUUUCGUACCUAACCGAAGGCCUUGCCGCUAUCCGCCGCCUGUGGACGCACCGGGUAACCAGCAGCUAGGCUAACCAGUAACGCGUCUUUCCGGACCAGGCGCAAAAGCUAAUAUCGCAUCAUGGCAGUGGGGCAAAUCGGAUACUUUACACCCUGUUUGUUUCUAGUGGUUGGGGCGAAUGGAUUAUAAGACCAAUUCACCUUCAUAAUUUGGUACUGUAUCUUCUUACAUCCAUUAGUUGAAGGGCGUUGGCCGGCAGUUUCCCUCGGCUUAGUAACUAGGGUCUCUCCUAUAUGAUCUAGAAUUCGCAAUAAAAACAACUUCUGAAACGGUUGCAAAUAAUUCAUAGGGUCAAAUGAUUUUUUGUUCUAUACACUAGAGUAACUUUGACCCAACUGUGAAAAAUCCGGUGGGAGGCACCGAGUUUUUCACAGUUUGGUCAAAGUGAAUGAUUUGAACUCUGCCAAAACCUCUGAAUCAUACACUAAAGUCAAUAUUUGAAUCCUUUGUAUACAGAGGACGAAUACGCCAUUGUCGGUUUCUUUUCUGCAAGCCCCACAUAAUGUAACCCAAAGAUGCCUCGCAGUUUUCUAGUUGAUAAAAUGCAACUCGAAGUUAACGACAGUUUCUAUGCUAAUGCACAUUGCGCGUGAUGUGGAAGUUAUGUUCGCUGGCCUUCACGAAGUAAUAAAAAAUAGACAUCAGUCUUCCCCCUGCACUUUUUAUGAAACAUGCGGUAGAUUUGCUUUGUCAUGAAAUGUUAGCCGAAAUUCUGAAGUACGUUUUCCAUUCGGAAAGAUUACUUAGGUAGGGUUGUAAUAUUAAUUAUCAUGCUGCAUAAUUGCAAGAUAUUUCAGUCACGUCAGUGUGCCCGCUUUUGAAAGACCUUCCUUUCGGCGGUCUGCAAAAACUACAUUGUAAGAGUGACUGCUUAAGUAGUAUCAGUUUCUUCAAUCAAUUUUCUAUUCCUUUGAAUAUUUGACUAUAUUCUGCAUAAAACACGCAUAGAAACAUUCUUCUUUGUACUUAUUUGGUAACUAAUGACAUCUACUUCAAAUUUUUCUGCCCGGAGAAAUUAUCUUUCAGUUUUUUAAAUAGUUCCUAAUUAUGCUAUUUUCGAAGCCAGAAUCCACACCCAUUGCACAAUUUACAAGUUCUAUAUGACGUCUUCCUAACAGCAUAGAGAAAUGAGUGCUAUUCCUUUGACGAAACGUGUGCAGCACGCAGUUUAGGAACCCAAACGCUAGUGCAACGGUAGGUUGGGAUAAGAAACUGGCAGAUACUCUUUCCUCAAGUAAACAAUCUGGAAACGUAAUUUGCUACCAAGUCAGUACGAAAAAGACUAUUUUUGUGCUUGUUUUCUAUAAACUUUAUUUGCACUCAUAAGGGCAUUGAAAAUCAUUAAGAGAAAUCCAUGCCAAUAAAGUCGCCUUUUUACGGAGUGUGGUUUUUUUAAACGGCCAAGAGGAGGUUCAUUCAAACGACGAAAUCCUGGCCUGACUGUAAUAUCAUAGGAUUGAUUAAUAAUGCUACAACCUUACUUGGGUAAUUUUUUCGAAUCGAAGACAUCUUGGAAUUUUGACCAACACUUCAUAAGGUAGCAUAUCUGCGCCUACCGCUUAAACAACAGUAGUCCUGAUUUCCGCGAAACCCUGCGUUUGCCAUUUUAAAACAUCAGAUUUAAUCGUCGAUUAAAAUAGGCGUCGGAUGAAGCUUAAGAAAUGUCAGGGCUUCUGCAACGAGUACGCAGUUUUUUCGAAGGAUUUUACUAGAACUGAUGCCUUGAUUGAUUCACUGUGAAACUCCAUACUGCGUUUUUAAUUAUCGCUCUGCCAACGGGGUCUUACUUUGUUUAUCUAGGUGUUAAAACGACUAUGUUCCUCGGUUUGGCCUUUUUCCAAAGAAUGCUCAUUGUACAGCUCCCUUCAACCUACGCCUGAUCUCUAUGGACCAUUUUGGAUCACAGUAACACUCAUAUUUUCAGUAGCUUUUGCUGGAAGCAUCCGCGAGUACCUUCUUCUGCGAGAUAAGUCAGCAUUGUCCACGUUCAACUUUAUGCGAGGUGAGCACCUUCUAUACUUCGUUGUUAACGCUUCGCAGGAAGUGAUGCACGUCUUUAUUUUGCACGAAAACCUGUUUUAUAAUGAUCCCAAUACUGGGACUACAAGAAAGUUUGUUUAGCUUAUGCUCCGCCCAUCUGCCAGGCAUUACUCUCUCCAGGUCGUUUUUUUGCAUAAAUACUGAUUUUCAAACUUAAUGAUAUUGGGUGGUCGAUGUGGUCACCUGUGCCGUCUGGAUCUCGGGUGAUUCGCUUAUCAUCCCCUACCAGCCAAGCAACUCUAGUUAGCGGUGAUGAACGAGGUAAAUGGGUUGAUCCAGUUAGAGUCGAAGCGGACAUGUUCACUAGAUUUCUCACUGAUAAUCAAUUCACAUUACCCUUUCCUCGAUGGAGGCCUCGUUAGCGUGUGACUUUGUCCUCGGACGCAUCUCACACCGAUUCCAGACGGUUCCGCGACAUCGAGCAAAGGUCGCCCUGGCCUAGUUGAACUGAUGCUUGAUUUAAUCCUUACCUUGCAUGCUUCUUAGGAACUUCAGUCGAAAUCGUCAGAAUCCCUUUAGUGACUCGGAAGCUUUGCCGUCUACCAUGACCAGGCAGAUGCCUCAGUGGACCAUGCCUGUUUUGCAAAUAUUCAUUCUUAAGCGCACUUUAACUGCCUUUAUAGCGCUGCUGUGCACUGCAUGCUAGCGCAAGAUCACCGGUGUAUUCGUGAUCCGUAGUCCUUCAACCCGUGUCCCCUGCCCAGUGCCUGUUGAAGAACCAUUACACCACAUGUUCACAGAUGGAACUCUAAUUUUGCCUUCAACUACCCCUCUCACUGCCUCGCUGUCUACCACUACGGAGUUUCCAGACAAUCCGGUAGCGACACCAGUUUGUCCGACCUUCUAGCUCACAUCUAAAGACCCCCUACCCUGCCAGUGACCAGAGUCCUCCGCCCUUCACGUAAGCCACAAACUCCGCUGCAGUUGGCCAUCGUUGACUACGACGGGCCAGCUAUUGCUAAUCCUAUCCGGGCUUCCAGCCCUUGACUUCGGGAUUUGAGACGGAACUCUCGAACUGCCCAGCCGAUAUGCCCCCGUCCUUUCUUUCAACAUCGAUGUACAUGGUUGGACUCGAGGCAGAAUCAUGGUCGAUUCGUGCUCGUACACAGCCUCCCACCUAUGGCAUCCUGAAUGCAGUAUCUCGCAGCACGGGGCAGCGUAGCUGUAACAUACCUACCUCAUAAUUCAACACAUCAUCCUUGAGAAGCGUUAGUUUGUUCCGGUCAAGAUUCGUCAGCAUGUUUAACUGCAGGGGUACACACAUGUAGGUAUAUACUUCAGGUAGAUACACUCACAGUGAUUGGCGUGCUCCUGCUCUUUUUGGAGUUUUCUACGGUUAGAACAUGCCCACCGCACCAAAUUCCCGAUUACUGUGUCCUUCGUCAUUUUAUGAAUUGGCAUUGGUAACAUUCAUGUUCUGUAACAGAAAUUUAAUCUUCCUUACAAUUGGCAUCUAUUUGAGAUUUGCUUCGUAUAUUCAACUUUUCCCAAAGCCUUUCGAAUACUGAUCGUGCAUGUUGCAUGAAAUCGUUUUCGCUACUCUUAUGGCAUACCUAAGAGGCAGGCCGACAUACUUCAUAAUCACAGUAGAUAUUCAGCUUCACGCACAUUUGUGUGCAUGUGUAAGAUAGUCUCUACAUUAGUAAUUUGAUUUGUAAGUAUUCCAUAGUUUGAUCGAUAGCCUACUGUUCAUUUUCUUUGCAUAUAAAAUAUUUUUCGAUUUCGUCAGCCUUAUUUCGUGGACUCGUCUCGGCCAGGUCUCCGUGUCCAUAUUCAGAAAAUGUUCUACUGAUUCAAAAUAAGUAGUCUUUUUAUUUAGCCUAGGGGCAGCCGAAGUCGAUAUGCUGUCGCGUAGUGCCGUACAUAGCUGGUUUGUCAGAAAGCUUCGCCAGACUGGUGAGCGAAUUUGGGAUUGACGUCGCUCACAGACCUGAAGCAACAAUCCGCUGGCAAAUCAUGCACCCUAAGGACCCGAUUCCCAUAAAUCAGAAAUCGGACGUUAUUUACUGGGUAGACUGCAACUGUGGUCAGGCCAGUUAUGUUGGUGAAACUGGCAGACAGGUUCAUACGAGAUUGCACGAGGAUGAUUUGGCUGUGAGACGAAAGCAUCAACUUUCCUUGGUAGCCGCCUACGCCUCCUCGCCAGGUCAAGGCUUUGACUUUGAGCGCGUAAGAAUACUGGGCCAGUCAAACGAUCGAGUUACACGCCUGCUGCAGGAGGCCUGGCACUCAAAUGAGGAACCGGUCAGUCGACAUAUUAAUCUUCCAAUCGCAUAUCAAGUACUGUGUGAACAAAUCAGCAGCGCAGCUGGAGGUCACCCCUGGCAGAGGCGAAUUAAAUAUGCGAUGAGUUUUACGGCUUUUCAUUCCUUGACGAUGGGCUCGCGUGAGAGUUCGGAACGUCGGACAAAUAAACAAUUGGUCCCAGCGAUCGGCUUCCGGUCUUUUUCUAUUCAAUUACCUGGACCGCGCGACUAGUAGAAUGAUGUAAAUCAGGUGGUACCGACAAACAAGGGAGACCGGAAUGGCCAUUUCUGGCUUAUUAGCCGUCAUCGGCCAGUCAUACCCAGCCCCAAGUGUGGUUAAUAUCGGCUAAUAAGCCAGAAAUGGUCAUUCCGGUCUCCCCUGCCUUUGUCGUUACCACCUGAUUUACAGCACUCUACUACCUGCGAGGGUUCUAGUGUGAGCCCCAAGGCACAACGGAACGAGCAUGUUCCGUAACCCGAUCGGUGAGCGCCCACUGUCAUAAUUAAAAUUCCCGAUCACAACCAACAGGACAACGAGCCCGUGGCUCAAUGAUAGAGCGUCAAACUCCAUGACCAAAGAUCCCCGGUUCGAAUCUCAAGUGAUCCACACUUAGUGUUUGGUAUGACUGGCUGAUGACGGCUUAUAAGCCAGAAAUGGCCAUUCCGGUCUCCACUGUCUCUGUCGGUACCAUCUGAUUUACAUUAUAUAUAUAUAUACGGGCUGGCGGCCCGGUGGGUAGAGGCGAGUUCGAGGCUCGGGUGUUCCACACUUCGGGCUUGGGUAUGGCUGGCUGAGGACGGCUAAUAAGCCAGAAAUGGGCAUUCCAGUUUCCCCCUGUCUUUGUCGUUAAUACCAUUCCGCCUAUAUAUAUAUAUAUAUAUAUAUAUAUAUAUAUAUAUAUAUAUGUGCAGAAUAGCGUUACCGACAAAGAAAAGGCCGUCGUCAGCCAGUUAUGCCCAACCCGGUUCGGUCCAUAAUCUUUAAUAACAACCUACCUGUCUGCAAUGUGUGUAUGGAAAACUUCUCUGUCUGUAACCUUUUUUUCUCUCCCAUGUCUAUGUCCCCUUUUUCUAAAUACUUUCUCAUAUAUUACUUUUUUAAAGUGACCAUCACUUCGGCCCUCCUGCUUACCUACUGGUGCAUCGUGCCACUUCUCAUUGCCUGUGCUGCCUGGUUCCGUCGUCAGAAGCAGGAUCCAGGUACAGAACAGCUGGUGGGAGAAGACUCCACUGGUUUGAAGAUGGGCCAGCUCUUCACAGACCUUCUCGCUGUCUACGGCUACUCUCUGACAGCAUUUGUGCCUUGCACCGUGAGCAUCCCGUCUACAUUCCCCUCUGCUUCCAUUUGUUUAAGUUUUCGAUGUUUAUUGACUGAUACUAUUAAUAGUAGGCUCACGCGUUGCCAAUAACGGGGACCACUGGUGCCCCAGAGAGGACACGAAAUAGCGAUUUGGUGAGCUGAUUUUCGCUCCAUCUACUUCGCCGCAACUAGGAUUCCGCGAGCAAAGACAACUAGAUAUGGGCGCGAGCGCAGCGGAUGAUGGGCUUAGUCCACGUGUAAGGCGCACGUUCUCUGCCCAAUCCCCACACAGGAUCAGUCGUCAAUGAUCGGGCCUGGAGUCGCACGCACUAAGGGGCCGUUGCGUCCUGACCCUCAGCCCUAACUAGGACCGAGUUACCGCGUCGCUUGGGCAGCUCCAAAGCCACCGUGACCAAAACGUCAUCAUAGGGUGGAAGGCGCAUUUAGUUGUCAUUAGUUCGGGGUCGGGCGACCUCUAUUCCCUGUGCCUACGUCCCGUGUGAGUCAAACCAACUGGAGGAGCUAAGAUUGGGUGCUGCAGCUAGCCUGGCGGGAAGCUUCCUUUGAGUGCGUGUCAUGUUUAAUAUUGAAGCAUGUGCUCGGAGCACAUAACGUCUUAGCCAAUACCCACAUUUGUCGUUCUUCCUAGAACCGUCUGCGUUAGUGGAAUUUAAAUGAUAAGGAGUAGGUAAAACAGUGGAAAAUCGUUUAAUUUCGACCUGUAAUGAUGUUUUCUCGCUAAACGCCUGCGGGGUGGCACACUAUUUCCCGGGAAAUGUACAAUCUUGCAUUGCCUUAUGGUGAUGUGUGAUUGUCUUGAUCACUUUUAGACCGAUAUAACUUUUAGUCGUUUUCAGCUAGCUCCGUCCGUUUUUCAUAACUGGAUAAAUUAUUCCAAAUUAUUCAGCAAACGGGGAAUCUGGUUUUUGAGACCGAACUUCCCAGAUCUGACUGUGAUUUGAAUGCUGUCUUCGCCACCAAGAGGGAAAGUUACUCCGUCAUAAUCGAUGAUGACCGAUAUCACCAGAUGAAGGCUGUGGAUGGGGCGAUUCAUCUCCAGAAACGCGGUGGUCCUGAUCCCUCGGGAUGAAUGAACAAUCCUGUUUGGCCCUUGUGUAUCCAAGGGUAUCACCUGCUAUGUACCCGAUCGCAACCGACAGCACAUUGAUCCUGUUGCUCAAUAGUUAGGACGUUAGACUUCUAACCAACAGGUCGUGUGUUUGAGUUUUGUGCGUCGCAUACGUAAGGCCUGGGUAUGGCUGGCGAAUGACGGCUAACAAGUCAGAAAUGGCCAUACCAAUCUCCCUUGUCAUUCUCGGCAAUGCUAUCCUGCCUAUAUUACGCUCCGCAAUCCGACUGCUGUCGGGGUUCGAAAGAAAACCCCAAGGCACAACGGGACCAGUGAGUUCCGUAAUGCGAUCGGUGAGCGCCUCUCUGCCAUCAUCACCUGUUAGUAGCCCUGAUAUCCCUAUAGGCUGUUUGACUUCCUGUGUUCUUUACCUGUAUGAAAGCCAUUAGAGUGUUCUCUUCUUAUUUUAGCUCCUUCUCCUGAUACCCUCCUUUGCCGCACAAAUGACAAUUCUUGUCCUGGCUACCGCGCUCUCUUGCAGCGUUUUAGCCACAGCCACCUUGAAGACCUUUCAACAUCACAAGAAACAGGUAAAUUUUCGCCCUUGUGCGAUGCCCGGUUUGCCUUCGCCAGUCCUAAUGUCGGGUUGGUUUUCCCUAGCUCUAAGGGCUUUGUGGGCUAGUGCAUGUGGCUGCCUUGUAGGUUGUACUCCACAUAUGUUUAUACCGUAAGCGUGUGCUACUGCGUCAGUAGUAUGCCGUUCGUUUUUCCAGAUCUUGUUUUGCGUCUCGUGCGUCUCGUGACUUUUAUUGUAACCGGCGCAAAGAUGUAUUUUCACAGCCAAAGCCGCCACGUCCUGGUGUCGAAGACCUGCUGGCAAGCGUUGCGUUUCCACUGUCGUCCUCUUGCACCUGCUUUGGAUACUUUAAUAACCCGAUCUAUUAGGGGCCUGCCGUCGACUGUGCUGCCAAUCGAUACUCCCUUACUCUAUGACUGCCACGCAGCCCAACCAUCAGCUUCAGUCAAGGCAGGAAAACUAAUUGCAAGUUGCCUAAUCGCAAUCCCCUCUUCCGCAUCUAGGAGAUUUGUCUCAUAGUCUCAGUAGAAACUUAUCCCAACACUGCAUUGGGCUCCUCAUGUGAGCCAAAGAUGGAGGAUUGUCGGACGACAGACCAGCCCUUGGUUGCUGGGACGCCUAAAACAGUCGGCCCGAAUUCCCGUCGUCAUCCGCUGUGUUGAUUUCGCAUUUCUGUUUUUUGUAUCUAGUGCAUAAUUGCUACAGUAGGUGGGCUAACUCAUUAAAUGUCAACCGAAAUUCCGAAAUGCGUUAUCGUUUCGGAAAGAUUAAUUAAGUUCGUAAAACUAGUCAGCCUGCAGAAUAAUUCUAUAAUAGUUCGGAUACCUCAGGGUGCCGGCUUUCGAAUGAACUUUCUUCCGGCUGCAUGCAAAACUCUAAAAAAAUGACUUCUUAAGUUGUACGAAUUUUUCAUUGAUUUUUUCAUUUUCAUUUUUUAGUUUUUUUUUCAUUCAUUUUUCAUUGAUCUUCGAUGCUCCUAAAAGUCCACUUAUAUUGUUUGAAAAACAUGCAUAAAACCAUUCAUUCUUUCUCUCAGUCGGUAGAUAAUUACGUCUUCUUUUAAUUUUAUGCUCGAAGGAGGGACAUAAUUUGGUUUUAAAAAGUUUAUAAUUGUGGGACUUUUAAAUACCGUGAAAUGGCCAUUCAUAAAUCGUCACGUCUCUGCAUUUACCAAUGUGGCUUGCAAAUCUAACGAUAUGGAUCAAAUGCAAUGCUAAAUUUCACGAACCCCAUGUGGUCUUCUCUCAAUACCGUAAAGAAAUAUGUGGUUUUCCGUACGCGGGGAACAUACGGCUUGUAGUUUGGAAACCGUGAAUGCAAGUGUAACGGUAGAGCGGGUUCAAAAUUAUUCGGGAAUUGGAAAAGUUUUUGAAAACCGAAUUAUACUCUUCCUUUGAAUAUAACAUUGGAAGACGUUAUUGUCCACCGAGUAAGUAAAAGAAUGAAUAUUUUUAUGUAUGUUUUUCAAUAAGAACAAUCUAUGCUACUUAAGUAGUCAUUUUUUACAGCGUCGCUUUUGCGUGCCGCCGGAAGGAAGUUCAUUCGAAAGCCGGCAUCCUAAAUUAACUGAAUUAUUAUUGGAUUAUGUUGCAUGGUGAUUAGUUUUACAACCCUACUUAAUUAACCUUUUGGAAACGAAGACGCAUUUCGGAAUUUCGGUUAACAUUUCAUGAGUUAGCCCACCUACUGUACGUACUGUCACAAGCCUGUAUCCGACGGACCGUGUUUUUCGGCCUAAAACGGCUCCUGGGUUCAGAGUGACGCGCCCCCCCCCCUCCCCGCGGUCGGUAGCACAAAAUAUGGCGGUUCACUAUUACCAGUCCUGCGCAGAUUCUCUUUAUACCAACCUUUUCUCUAGAUCAUAUUUUAUACAGCAUAUGUAGAACCGGGGCCAACUGCAGUGACCUCUGCGCCUGAAGCUUCGUCAUCCUUCAGAAUACGCGCCUGGGCCGCCUGUCGCUGGACGGAUCGUGAGACGGCAAUUAAUCGAUAGUUACAUACCCCCCCCCCCCAUCCUUGACUUGUUCUAAAGACGCAAUGCGCGGUAGAUAUACUAACUCCAUGAAAUGUUAACCGCUAUUGUGAUAUGCGUUUUCGACCCGAAAAGAUUACUUAAGCAGGUUUGUAAUAUUAAUACCAUGAUAAAAGAAUUUAAUUCAAAUGCCGGUAUCCUGAGUCGAGAACAUAUUUCGGAAUUUCAGUUAACAUCUCACGAGUUAGUCCAUUUACUGUACGUGGGACCUGCCCUAGUGUUCUAAUAUUGAUUUACGACACUAGCUGCUGCCGAAGGCCUUUGUUAGAAUGCUCACGGACGAAAGGUCUUUACGCUCCAGAGCUUCUUUGCGGGCAGCCCUUCUGGUUCUUGCCUCUAAAGGCAGAUUGCUAAUUUGCUGACAGACACAACAACUGGAGUGUCUGGAUGUGGAUAUAGAGGAGCGGACGCGAGAACGCCAUUUGCAGGAAGUCGUUGUUUCCGAUUGGACCACAUCACCCGAGACAGAAACAACUGUGGGCAUGGGAUCCAGAGAACUUACGGAAUUUAUGAGCUGUGGUUGUCACUCAACUGUCUGGUGACCCACAUUCAUCUUGAGUUUUUUUUUCAGGGACCCUUUUGACCGGGACACUGUUUUCACCUCCUUUUUCUCCUUUUAGAACGCGAUCGUCUUUGUUGUCAUCGUCAUCGUCCUGCAUCUUGCAAUGGCUGUGUGUCUGUCAGUAAGUGCACUGCAGGCUCCUUUGUGUUUAAUUUCCUCCGAUUUUCACAACUACUCCUGCCGGGGUGUUCCUUCCUACUGUUCGCCACAUCAAACGUCCGGCCGCGUGCAGGUCGAUGACAGUGGUGUGUGUUUAAAUCGAGCCAAACUCCCUGAGUCGACGCUGAGGGUCGCAUUACGAGAGCUGUUCCACCCCGAUAUCAUUCCUUCUCAUGGCAGAUGGAAUUUUUGAUCCUUAUUUGGGAAUUCUUUCUGCUAGAAGGUUCCUGUUUCGAUCUGAAGUCUGUCAGCAUUGACGGUAUUUCUAUGUUAAACUGGCGAGCAAAGCUACCGAUUUCAAUUUUGGUUGUCGACGCUUCAAGAUCGCGAUGAAAGAUGUUCAUUGGUUCUCCUACCUCUGCAGCAACUCACCGGCUUUGUGUAUGCAUGCUAAUUAGUGUCACUUGGCCAGAACUGACUGCCUGUAGACUGGCUCGUCGAUGAUGACUCAGUUUGAAGCAAACUUUGACCCUGAGUCGCAUGUCUAAUAAUGGGUUUUCCUCUUCCAGUGAUGCUGCGAUUACUGUUAUUAACAUAUCAAAAAUAGCCUCUUUGGAUGCCGUUAAAUUUGUGGCAAGUUUGCUCGCAGAAACUGUUCCGGUUACAACUGGUACUGUUGCCUAUCUUCCAAAGCUCCCCUCGAUAAAGCAUUGCAAGUUAUUAAAGGAAACGAAUGUCUACCAAACGGAAUAACUUGUCUUUUUAACCUCCCAGUUCGUUGUAAUCGACUUGUGGUUUACAUCAUUUUUGUUCGAAUUUUGCUCUCAGCGUGGCAUUAUACACUCUGUUUGCGUCCUAUACCGCCAAAUUUAGCCACGCAUGUGCGCUCCGCAAACCAAACUUCUUCCUCUUCCAAGCUAACGCUCCAAACUGCUUUCUCUAGCACGUCAUAGGUGUUCUUUAAAUGUUCUUCCUUUCCGUUCACACUUGACUGACCAAUGCGUUUUCCGACAUAUGAGAGGGCGCUUAAAACUACCUGCUGGCUUGAUUUUUGCAGGCUGCUACUCGACGACUUUUCAUCUGUGGUAGGGGGCGCUCACCGAUUGUUCUUACGGAACUCACUCGUUCCGUUCUGCCUUGCGGACUCUCUCGAGCCCAACCAGUCUCCCUUGUCUUUGCCGGUAAUACCAUUCUGCCUGUAUCCUGCGCCGCUGUGCGGCUGCUGGUUGGGCUUGAGAGAGAGUCCGUAAGGCACAACGGAACGAGUUACUUAAGAACGAUCGGUGAGCGCCCCCUACCACUGUAUGCUCCCGAUCGAAAACCGACAGGGCAACGCGCUCGUGGUCCAGUGGUUAGAGGCGUGGACUUCUAACUAACAGGUCGCGAGUUCGAGCCCCGGGUGUUCCACACAUCGGGGUUGGGUAUGACUGGCUGGCGACGACUAACAAGCCAGACAUGGCCAUUCCAGUCUCCCUUGUCUUUGUCGGUAAUACCAUUCUACUUUUCAUCUAUUUCGGCGUACAUAAUUCUCCCAUUCGUCGUCUUAUCUCCUUUCAAAGCCUUAAAUUCCGUCUCCUGCUAUUCAGCGAACUUUUCAUCAAGGCAUCGACACCGUACUUAUUGCAUUUGGCUUUACUUUUAGUGUAAAGAUGCAAUCGGGUGCUAUUGACCUCAGUGAAAUAAAGUCGCAUAUGUGCAUUUGCCCAAUCAUCAGUGUUAUGUAAUUUAGAAUUGUUACCGGCAAAGGUCGUGGACAGUGGAAUAGCCAUUUCUGACUCAUUAGUUGUCAUCAACGCAGUGAUAACCAACUCCGGGUUCUGGGGUAUAUCAAACCAUUUGCGUGAAAUCAUUGAUGGAUAUUAAAUGGAACACUCAUACCGCAUAAACCAUUCGACUGAAUUCGGUAUUAUUGACUUCUGCUCGCCAUUCAACCGCCUUUGUGACUUCAAAAGGCAAGUUAAAAUGCCCACUUGAAUCCUACAUUGAUGGACGCUACUUUCGUUUACUUUUACACAAAACGGCUAUUUCGCCUGCAUUUCAGCUGGUCUUCUUCCACCAACCAAGUGAAGUGGCCUCCGCUGCGACCCCGCUCUCUGCAGCCACAGCACCGCCUCACAAUGACACAGCGAGCCAACCAAUCGGAACGAAUCCAAAACUCUCCGAGAGCAAAAGCGCAGAUAUUCCGAGGGCUGAUGGCAAACUGCAAAAGGGGGCAAACCCGCCAGCGCCCUAG